AUGGUUCAGAUCAGCGCUACCGCGGAAUCCAUGUUCUUCUUCAACCCCGAGAUCAGCAAUGAUAGUGAUCCUAGAAGGCAAGUGCCAGUUCAAUCCCCCAUGGUGCAGCGACGGAACAAUCAGACACCUACGAACCUGGCAUCGCCGGUAGAUACUAUGGUAUACUGGAUGGCAAAGGGUGGCUUGCAAGACAUUAUCUGA